AUGACUCGCCUACUUCUUCUCGGCCUGCUUACCCUUUCAGCUGCAAGUCCUGUCCUUGUACGAUCAGGGGACCCUCUAUACGAUCUCACAACUCCCAUCAAUGGCAGCCUUCCCAAUGUGACCAUCUUUGCCACAGGCGGCACCAUCGCCAGCUCAGGUACAACAAAUACCCAAACCGUUGGUUACCAAGUCGGCUUGGGAGUAGAGCAACUCGUCGAUGCCGUCCCGGACAUGCUCAACAUAUCCAACAUCCGCGGUAUCCAGGUCUCAAACGUCGGCAGUGGUAGCAUCAACGAGACAAUCCUCCUAUCCCUCAGCACCCUCAUCAACGAAGAACUCGCCAAGCCAGAAAUCUCAGGCGUGGUCAUAACCCACGGCACCGACACCCUGGAAGAAACCGCCUUCUUCCUAGAAAUGACCGUCAACUCCUCCAAACCCGUCAUCGUAGUAGGUGCCAUGAGACCCGCCACAGCUCUCAGCGCCGACGGACCUCUGAAUCUCUACCAAGCCGUAACACUAGCCAUCUCGCAGAAAGCGCGUGAUCGCGGCACCAUGAUUACAUUAAGCGACCGCAUCGGAAGUGCUUUUUACACAACCAAAAACAACGCCAACUCCCUCGACACUUUCUACAGCACCGAAGCCGGUCAACUAGGGUUCUUCAUCAAUCAGAUUCCUUACUUCUACUAUGCUCCCGCGCAGCCCAUCGGAAGGGUAUCCUUUGAUCUCUCCAACGUGACGAAUCUUCCACAAGUGGAUAUUCUGUAUGCGCAUCAGGAUAUGUCUACUACGCUCUUCAUGGCUUCGGCUGCAGCGGGAGCUCAGGGCAUUGUGUUUGCUGGAGUUGGUGCGGGGGGGAUGUCUGGGAAAGCUGGGGAAGCUGCGGAGACGUUGUUUAAUGCGACUGGGAUUCCGAUUGUUGCGAGCCAUCGUAGUGCGGAUGGAUUCGUUCCUUUGGGUGGCGGGUAUAGAGUUGCGUCUGGGUUGUAUAAUCCGCAGAAAGCGAGGAUUUUGUUGCAGUUGUCACUUGCUGUUGGGUUUGAUUUGGAGGGUAUUAGGGAGGUUUUUGCUGCGAGUUAUCCUCUUCCGUAG